UACGACAAAGAUUCAACCGCCUGCAACCUGGUUCACACACUCACCUACGAACACAAAUACCCAACAUGCUUUAUACUAGCAGAAUCCCUGACAAGAUUUCGACUACGUCUUGCAUCACACCACCCGCCAAUUCCUCAGGAGAGCAAAGACAAAUGUAUCAUAAACAAACUGAAAAUUGAAAUCAUGGAUGGAUGUGAUGAAAAUGCAGACAAACUGUGGCCGAGUGAUGUGAUGAACGAAUCAUAUAACGUGAACAUUGAAGAUACAGAGAUCUCGAUAAGUUCCAAAGAGAUAUGGGGUGCUCUACGUGCCCUGGAAACUGUACUUCAGAUGGUAUACAGAGGUGAAUUUGGAGGAAAUAUUAUAUUCAAGGGUUCUGUGGAAGAUGAACCAUUAUUCUCACAUCGUGGAAUGCUUUUGGAUACUGGUAGGAACUUCAUGCCAGUUGAAACGCUACGGAAGAUGAUAGAUAUCAUGGCAAUGGUUAAAAUGAAUGUCCUUCAUUGGCACAUCACAGAUGAUCCGUCGUUUCCCUUUGUCUCAACCACCUAUCCAGAACUAUCAGACAAGGGUGCAUAUCAUCCACAAAUGUAUACAUAUGAUGAGAUAGAAGUGUCUGAUUUAUUGGAGUUCGCUCGUCUCCGUGGAGUCCGGAUCAUUCCAGAAUUUGAUACUCCAGCGCAUACAUUGUCAUGGGGAAAAGCAUACCCAGACUUACUAACAAAAUGUUAUCAAGACUCUAAGCCAAAUGGACAGUUGGGUCCAAUGAAUCUAGCCAAUGAUUCAACAUUUGAUUUUCUGAAGAAUCUGUUUACAGAAGUCACCAGCCGAUUUCAUGAUAACUAUAUUCAUCUCGGAGGUAAUGGGAUAGAUGUCACCUGUUGGAUUUCGAAUCCAGAAAUAGUUGAAUUCAUGCAAAAAAUGGGAUUCUCUGGUAAUUCUUCCCAGCUAGUAAAUUAUUACGCAUCGAAAGUAGUCAAAAUUGUCAAAAGUGUUGCUGACCGAAAUCCUUCGAUUACACCUAUUUUAUAUCGAGACGUUUUAGAUCACGGAUAUCAGGGUGAUGAGAACACAGUCAUUCAUGUUUGGGAAAGCAUCGCUUGGAAAGGAUUUACCAAAGAGGCUACCGGAAAAAAAUUCAACGUCAUAGUUACUGGUGAUUGGAAUUUAAAUAAUCUACAUAACGAAUAUGAAUGGACAAAAUACUACGAACAAGAUAUCAGAGAAUUUGGAGGCACAGACGAGGAGGCAUCAUUAGUCAUUGGUGGUGAAGCUACACUGUGGGGCACACGUGUGGAUGAGACCGAUGUGAUCACUCUGGCAUGGCCCAGAGGUGCAGCUGUAGCUGAAAGACUCUGGUCGAAAAACCCUGAGACAAUUGAAGAAUUCUCACAACGAAUCGGUGAGCUUCGAUGCAGAAUGCUCUAUAACAACAUAGAAGCUCAUCCAGUCAACGGUCCAGGUUUCUGCCCAACUAAAAUUAUAAGAACAUGAACAAACUGGAGACAGUGAAUGAAGAUUGCUGCUUGCCUUUUUGUGCAUCGGAAUUUUAUUGAUUUCCAUUUUAUUAAAAUGAAAUUUCUAAAUAUUUUCAAUAUCCACUGAAUUACACUUUUCUGAAAGAAGUAACUUUUGUCUGUCUGAGUGAGUGCAGGCUGUGCGAGUUUGCGUUUUACAUUAAAAUGAACCUUAGCUCAGCACACUGUUUGUUAGUCGGCGUUGUAUGAACGAUUAUCAAUGGUCAAUGUAUUCCAUUUCUAACUCACAGCUUCACUGUCAUAACUUCACUUGGUUUCCCAUCAUCACUUCUAGUUGGUUCAACCCCUGACAAAAAGCUUUUAUUUUCCCCUCCUUUGUUCUUAUCCGCGUAAUCAUUGGAUGCCUAAAUGGUCAACCGUCGUCUAACUACUACAAGAGAGCAAUGGCCUCAGACGCCAAUUAGAGCCAUCUUCAGCUCAUACUCAUGCCACUUAUAUUUCCUUCCGAAUGUUCGUCGAGCGUCAUGCUGUUGGCUGGUUUGCUGUAACAGUUACUUCAUACUUAUUCUUUCUGACGGGCCAUCUGAUCUUAGGUGUAGAACGGAGGCAGUUGUUGAUGAAAAUCUCCAUAGUGCUGGAAAUGCUUUUUCUGGAACAUGCUUCAAGUCCCUGAACUAUAUGUCAGCACUGGCUCAACGUUUGUGUUAGGAAUUCGAAUGUUCUUCUAAUUAUGCGUGGUACCGAUA